GCUCUCUCUCUCUCUCUCUCUCUCUCUCUCUCUCUGCACACGGGUGCGGUGCCAUCAUAAAAACUUCUGCGCACCAACAAUAAUUAUUUUUUUUAAAUCAUGCCUGGAUGUCCUGUCAUCAUGGCAUAAAAAAAGCACAACGAUUUUUAAGGCUGUAGUGCGUUUGUUGUUAUUGUUGUUUUGUGAAAUGGUGUGUCAUUAAAAAAAAAAUACAUCAUUAAACUCUAACAGGGAUCAUUACAGACUUUUGCGCGCGACUCGGAUGCGUUUACUUCCGUACAUUACGCGGGGAUCUCCGUAAAGACGACUGUUCUGUGGAUCUGACAGAUGUUUCUUCUUCUUCAUCUUGUGUGGCUUAAAUGAAUUUGAUCGCAAACAGAGACUAUGUCUAAGAAGAACACGACUGGAUUUCGCCAGGAAUGAAGAAGAAUGCGCGCGUGGACGUGUGCAGGCGAUCCUGCACGACUGAUGGGUUUUAUUCUAUGAAAUACAUUUUUAUGCACGUUUAGACACGUUUAUGGACACGUGAAACGGUCUUCUUGUGCAUCUUUUAUUUUAUUGUAUCAUAUUAAAAAAAAAAAAAUGCAUGUGAUUGAAGUGUAAGGAAAACCACGACAGACUUUGGCGCGCGAUCCGACAGCGUUGUCUUGUGCAGAUUCACCUGCACGCGGUGAGAAACGCAGAACCUUCACCGUGAUCUCAUCAGGAAGCUCUCCGUGACUGUUUGAUAGUAAAAACACGUUUUUAUUGAAAGAUACACCAGCACCAGAGUUUGGACCACCAUCUAAAAAUCCCAGUUUAAUGAAUAUUUUUAUUGCAAAAGAAAACCCUGCCUUGAAGGGAUGAUUGUGGACAUGCGAGGCAUCUUGUCUGUAUUUUUACUGAAAUGAAUUUUAGCGUGAAAGAAGAGUGAGUGUGAUGAGUUUUGUUCUGUGAAAUGCAGAUUAAUGCAGAUCAUGACUAAAGAGGACGUGGAACUUUUCGGUGCGUAUCUGGAUGGGAACUCUGGUGAGUGUGCUUUGUGUUCUGUAGGCUGAUCAAAACUCUUCGAAAGGCGAUGUGGGAGCAGGAGGUUUGGGGUGUUUGCGCACGGACCCGGGGACAGUGUAAGAUGCGGAGCCUUGUUCUGUUCUCAAUGGGAACAUGAUGGCAUGCCGAGGGUCGUGCUGCUGUUUGGGUCUGGGCUCUGCGAGCGAGGACACGGCGCGCUUCGCCAUGCUGGCGCUCCUCAUCCUGGUGUACCUGGUGUGCGGCGCCGCUGUGUUCUCUGCGCUGGAGCGGCCGGAGGAGGAGCAGGCCAGGGGCCGCUGGGCGCGCAGCUUCGACCUCUUCAGCCGCAAGCACAACGUCAGCCACAGGGACCUCGAGGGCUUCCUCAGGGCCUACGAGGAGGCCACCGGGGCUGGUAUCCGUGUGGACAGACCCAGGGCUCGCUGGGAUUUCCAAGGAGCUUUCUACUUCGUGGGCACUGUUGUGUCCACUAUCGGGUUUGGGAUGACCACGCCGGCCACGGUGGGAGGCAAAAUCUUCCUGAUUUUUUACGGACUAAUCGGGUGUGCAGCCACCAUCCUGUUUUUUAACCUGUUUUUGGAGAGAAUUAUAACGGUGCUUGCGUUCGUGCUGAAGUCGUGCUACGAAGCCCAACAUCGGAGGAAAGGCGUGCUACCUCACGACAGCAGGCACGAGGCGGGCCAAGUGAGGCAGCACGGUGAGGACAGCCUGGCGGGAUGGAAGCCAUCGGUGUACUGCGUGAUGCUCAUUCUCUGUGUAGCGGCCAUCAUUAUAUCGUGCUGCGCCUCUGCCAUGUACUCCUCGAUGGAAGGCUGGGGUUAUUUGGACUCUCUGUACUUCUGCUUUGUAGCGUUCAGCACUAUCGGCUUCGGGGACAUGGUGAGCGGCCAGCGCGCCGCGUACGACAAUCAGACUCUCUACAGCCUGGGCAAUUUUUUCUUCAUCCUCACGGGUGCUUGUUGCAUUUACUCGCUCUUCAACGUCAUCUCCAUCGUCAUCAAACAGGUUCUCAACUGGCUCCUGAAGAAGAUCGAGAUACCGUGCCGCCACUGCCCAGGAAGGAACCUGCGUCCCAGAAGGAACGCCAUAAUGCCCGGACACUUCCGCACCCGAGUCCGGAACAUCUCCAUAGACACGGACGCUGUUAACGAGAGCGAAACGGACGGACGCAGGAUGUCAGGUGAGAUGAUCUCCAUGAGAGACUUUCUGGCUGCUAAUAAGGUCAACUUGGCCAUCAUGCAAAAACAGCUGUCGGAGACCGCCAACGGAUACCCGCGACCGCCCGGCUCUGUGAACCGACACGAUGAAUUCUCCGGAGGAGUUGGAGCUCUGGGAAUCAUGAACAACAGACUAGCUGAGACAAGUGUGGACAGAUAAAUCUCCUCAGUGGAGAUUAUAAAACCCAAGAACUCUAAAACCAUCCCGUACCCAUUUGCUCAGCUCUGUAGCUACAAGUAAAUUGCUGCAUAUUUAUAAAUAUAUAUCUUGCUGAUGUCUGCUAAAGCGGUACAUAAGCUCAGGUGUGGUUUAGAAGAUCUAUAAACUCUUUGCUGUUUCAGAAAGUUGUUUAGAUAUAAAAUCCUGUCUUCUCUGUAAAGUAGGCUACAUGAUAUUUGCAAUCUAGCUCAGCUUAGUUAUCCAGAUUAAACUAUUUUUUAAUAACAGAGUGCAUGCUUUACUGAAAGUUUUAUCUCAAAUGGUGUACUCUGCAUACUUCAGGUGUGAUUAGUGUGCUUGUAGUGAGAUCCUGUGCUGCUGAUACCCAAAUGAAAUGCGUAAUGCUGGACAUGUUAAGCACGAACUGAAAGUCCAAGCCACGGAGCAAGAAUACCAAUAGCGUGUAUGCAAUUUAGGACCAGGUGUAAGGUGUAUAAACUCAGCGUAUGUUAUAGAAACAUCAUCAUAGUCAGUAGCACGGGUCAAAGCACAGGGAGAGAGGGUUGAACACGGAUAAUCCAGGGAUAGUCCGAUGCAUGCUCAGUUCUGUGGGAGAAUAAAGAACAAUUUGGGUUUGUUUGGGUUUUUUUUUUUUAAACUGUUCUUGGUUCUUGUGUAUUGGAACGGAAUGCAACUUGGGCAUUAAAAGUUGACAUCCGGUGAGAACACGAUGACUUAACGAGACGUGGAUCAUGAUAAAGCUUCAUAACAAAACGAAAAACAGUGCAGAUAACGUAAUCAAGAACUAACACAAAACAGGUGAACACAAUCAGGUAACAUAGCAGUGACAGGACAAGGACAGGACUAGAACAGAAAGAAAAACACAAACCUCCUUGAGAAGGGGGGAUCUGGACUAGAGGUCGACCGAUAUUGGAUUUUAUCGAUACCGAUAACUUAGUCUGGCGAUACAUACCUGCCGAUAACCGAUUAAUCAACCGACAGUUUUUAAAACCGAUACUGAAUGAAAACAUAACACUCAAAGAACAAUAUUGCUGAACUUUAUUACAAAAAUAAACAGUACUGACCGUACCCUGAAAAUGCACCGUACUUUUUAAAAAUGAAAUAAAGAUAUAAAUAUUCAUAUACAUCAACUAUGAAUAAAUAUUAUAGUAAAUAAAUGAUGUAGUACCACUCUAAAUAACGAAUAAAAAUAGAGACGUCCGAAAUGAAUCAAAAAACACUUCAAAUAACACGACAAAAUUAGUCAGCGACCGGUUUUAUUUUGCCUCUAGAGGCCGCUCUCGUACCGCAUAACGACAGCGGAAGCUUCACAGCCACUCCGGAAACCCACGCAACCGGGAAAAACUAUCAGCGUGGAUAAUUCCAGCAAUCGUUUAUCCCUGAUUAAUCGACAAAACCGAUCAAUCGGUCGGCCUUUAAUCUGGGCAUGUUAGAUUUUAAAAUCGUGGUGAUUUGUUGCUUCUGUUUAGGAUCGCUUUCAAUACAGCUACACAAAUCAAAUACUACAUACUUAAGACUCUUUUUUUUUUUUUUUUUUUUUUACACGCACCUCUGGUGUCACUUUACAGCUGUUAUAUUUUAUAUGGAUAAUUAUUCCUCCUGACUCGGUAGGAUCGAGGUACGAGUAACAGUGCAGUACAGCUGCUGUCGUUACGGAUUAGUUCUCACGCGCAGUAUUUCUCAUGCAUUUCAUCAUAACAGUUUCGAAACGUUAACACAGUUAGAAAAGGUGACUGAUCGUUGUAGCCCACUGAAAUAUUCCGAAAUGAAUGUUUAACAUUUUAUAAAAUAUAAGAAACGUUACGCAAAAAGAUGCUACAUACAGUCGAUGAUAAUGAAUCAGUCACAAGCUACACUCUCAGAAAAAAAAACGGGUGCUAAUUGGUACUUUUCCUCGGUGCUACGGUGGUACCUUUAUGUUUGGUACCUUUUCACCUGGAUAUGUAGGUGUAGUGUAGCUUUAAAAUGAUUUAAGCUACAUCAAUACCUUUUUUGAUAUUUUAAAGGUACACUUUGUAGGUAAGAGUACCUGUAAUUAGCUUUUAGGAUAAAUCUUAAGGGGUCCUUAAGCUUCAGUAAAUCAUUUUUAAACGCUAUCAUGAUGCAUGAAGGCCAAAGAUGUGCUCUUGGGGCGACCACGUGAGCGACGUGGAAAAGUACUCGUUAGUGCCGUUAAUUCUGAGAGUGUACAAGUACAAAAGGUGAACGUUUAAGGAAAUAAAGCAAGCUACAGUGGAGUACCCUUUUUUCUAGUGAGUGUAUAAUAGGUCCUGUUAAGUACCUGAUUUAAAUAUAACAAACCUUUUACAAGCGUUGUUUACUAACAUACACUUUAGCUCUCAGAUUUCAGAUGAGAUGUUCUUCUUCUUCUUCUUCUUCUUAUUAUUAUUAUUAUGCAGUCAGAAAUAAAUGAUGU